AUGGCUUCGUCUUCUUCACUUAAAACAACCAGAAAGCCUGGGAAAGGUAGGAGCAAGAUCGAGAUUAAGAAAGUGGAACAAACCAGCAAGCGUUUCGUCACAUUCUCCAAACGCAAAUUAGGCCUCUUCCGCAAAGCCGCCGAACUAUCCCUUCUCUGCGAUUCUCAAAUCGCCGUCGUCGUCUUCUCCCAAUUCGGCAAGGUCUACUCCUCCGGCUACCCCGACCCUGACGCCGUCAUCCGCCGCUACCUCUCCUGCGCAUCCUCCUCGAUGUCGGACUCUACGUCGGCUCAUGAUCCGGAAAGAGAAUGGGCGAUGUCGCCGCUGAGACGGGAAUAUGAGGAGGCCAUGAAGGUGUUGGAGGAGGAAAAGAAAUCCCUCAGUGCUGGACUACCGGGUCGGGUUGUGAGAAUGGGUUCUGGUGGAACCGUUCGGUUGGGGAGAUGGGUUUGGAAGAAGUCAUGCAGUUCAAGGAGCGUGUUGAACAGCUGA